UCGAUACACUGCAAUGUGUGUGCGUUUCUUUAAUCGGCGCUCUGUGACUAUAUCGUGAAACAUGUACAACCUUUGGGUGUUGAGUCAGUCGCUUAUUUAACGACAUUGAACCAUGUCUCAAUCGGACAGUUCUAACGCAUGUGAUGACGAUAAUGUUGUUCGACGAUUUGGGGUGUUAGCUGAUAGGUCAGAUGGUUUCAAACAAUGGUUGCUUGACCAGCUUCAAUCUCGUAAAUGCCGCCGUGUGCUCGACGCUGCUUGCGGUACUGGAGGGGACUCUCUCUUUCUUCUAAAGCAUGGUUAUGAAGUUAGCAGUUCGGAUAGUGCCGAGGCUAUGCUCAAGCAAGCUAGAAAGGCCAAAAUAUCUCAUCAAAGUCCAAAUGAAGCUGUUCAAAACUGGGAAAUCAAGAAUGCCAACUGGCUAACCCUUCCCGAAGACCUCAAAGGAUACGGACAAUUCGAUGCAGUACUCUGCAUAGGAAACUCACUGAUUUGUUUACUUGAUCCAUCACCAAAUUUUGACCUCUAUCGUCGGUGUUUCGAGAACUUCAAAUCCAUGCUCAAACCAGGAGGAGUUUUCAUGGUUGACCAUCGGAACAUGGACGUGAUCUUGGACCACGGUAGCCCUAUCAACAAGCACGUAUACUUUAAGGAAGAUACUAUCAACAAAAUAUCCUCUGAGAUAGUUAAAUCUCCUGGAAAACAAGAUUUCGUCAACAUCACUUUCGACAUGAUAGUUGAUGGUAGUGCUCCUGACAAGGGUAAACAAAAUGGCGCUGAUACUACAUCAGGAAACAACAAGUGUAAUAUUGAAAAGGCAACUGUGCCUCUUCAAGCUAUCCGCGCUGGGCAAGUAGCUACCAUGCUUGCUGAAGUUUUUGGUGAGAAUUGCGAGCAGGCCCUCUACGGGGAUUUCAAGUCAGCUCCGGUAAUUUCCGACACCGCCUAUUUUCAGCAUGUAAUAACAAAGAAAGAAUGAGGAAUAGAAGAAAAAAAAGAAGACUGACGAAGACCCACCCCCUCUCCCCCUCUCCCCCUCUCACACUCGCUCAUUCACUCCCCCUCUUUGUCUAUCUUAGGUUUCCCCUUCACCCACACCCUUCUCUCUAUCCCUCCAUUUUACUUCUCCCUCAGCGUCCACCACCCCCUCUUUCUCUCUCUCUCUCUCUCUCUCUCUCUUCCUCUCACAUCUUAUUUCUCACUCACCCCCUACUUUCACACCCUUUUCGUCUGUUCCUCCUGAUGCAUAUACACGAGCCCUAUAUUUUCUUAUUCUCACCUUUCCUCUUGUUUCAUUCAAUAUGUAUUAUAAUUAUAUUUGGGGUUUGUUCCAAUAUUGAUGAAAUACUGAACCUUGAACCUUUUUACAGCUUGUUUUUGAUAAUAUUUCGUACUUUCUGUACUUAUUUAUGUAUAUUUUGUGAAUGUGCUUGUAUUAAUGACCAUUUAUUUGAAGUAUCUUUAAAGAGAAGGUUGAGUUCUGGGAAGAGGUGAAAAACAAUGUGUUAACGUUAUCAUUGUAGUUAAGCAAGUGCGGAAGAACAUCAGAGAAAAAUGUUCCCUUAAAAGCAUGGCUUUUUAAAUCCCUUCAUAUUCUAUAUAUGACGAGUAACAGCUUAAUAAAUGAUGCCCAAUUUGUAUACUUUAUGCAGUUGUGCAGUGCCAUAUACAUCUUUCUGUGUAAAGUGCUCAUAACUCUAUCAAAACAGGGCCAAAUUUCUUAUCAUGUUGUGACUCCAGGACGUUGGAGUUCACACCAAUACUUAUAUUCUAAAUGAUAAACUUUUUUUCUGAUCGAUUCCACAUCGUUUCUCUCACAAUGCAAUCGCAUGACCAGAACUAAACUUUAUCUUUAACUCUUCUUUUUUGUUCGCGUUAUUUUUCUGUAAUAAUUUUGAUUCCAUAAUACGGAACGGACUUUAGCAGGGAAUUAUACUUUGAUUUACAGGACACAUAAGUUCGCGAAAUCUGAUAAAUUGCAUGAGUAAUAUUUGACGUUGGUAUUUGAACAUAGAAAUCUCGUAUGGAACGCGUUUUUUCUAUAAUAAUUAUUAUUAUUGUUAGCAUUAUGAUUGUUAUGGUUAUUUUCAUAUUUAUUAUGUAGUUCGUAGGAACAAAACUUUUCGUAUUCAAUUUGUUUUCUAUUCUUACAUUCUGGUUUUUUAUAUCGGUACUUGCUUGUGAUAUAUACUAUUUAUGGAUGAUAUUUUCACGUGUAUUCUAGUGGAUGCCUUACUAUUGUUAACGUAUGGAACUGAAAUAAAUUCGUGAUUUUUAAACAUAAAAAA